AUGGCUUCUGCUGGCUUGAGGCAGUGCAUACGAGAUGUAACUCCCUAUCUGGUCUUUAUCAUAUUCGUGUCGACUUUUGGGCCUCUGCAGUUUGGUUUCCAUUUGUCCGAAUUGAACGCUCCCCAAGAUGUCCUGACCUGUGCUGUCAAAUCCGUCGCCGAUCAUGUAGCCUCCCAGCCCGACACAAGUCUGCCGCAAUGUAUUCCAAUGAACGAAGCCCAAUUCGCCCUCAUAUCGUCCAUGUAUGUUUUGGGAGGAUUCAUCGGAGCUCUAGUCGCAGGACCGGUUUCUACCCAGUUUGGCAGAUUGCUCGCGAUGCGGAUCACGAGUGUCUUCUUCAUACUUGGAUCCAGUCUUGAGACGUUAUCUGGAACUGUGCCAUUAAUGUCAGCUGGGAGAUGUUUGUCGGGGAUUGGAGCCGGCGCCGCUACUGUUAUUGUCCCCAUAUACAUAUCGGAAGUUGCACCACCAAACGAGCGAGGUCUUUUUGGAUCCAUGACACAAGUCACCAUCAAUAUUGGUCUUUUGAUCACACAGACUUUAGGAUUCUACCUGAGCACAGGAAGUAGUUGGAGGAUCAUUCUUGGUGUGGGAAUCGGACUGGGUUUUGCCCAAGGCAUUGGUCUCUUCUUUGUGCCAGAAAGUCCGGCAUGGCUAGCAGCCCACAAAGAUCCCGAGCAGGCAGUGAAGACGCUCCAGCGGAUUCGGGGUGCUGGAAACUCCAUUGCUGAAGAGAUUCAACAUUGGGAUGUACCGGCGGGAUUAGUUGACGACGAGGCGGCUACGUCUCUUCUGCGCGAUCCGGAAGCUCCAACCCGCCGCGACUCCUCCCACAGCAAAUCAUCCUCCACGAAGACAGUCGAGCACGUCGGUUUCUUUGCCAUCAUCAAGGACCCCCAGUAUCGUCCAGCAAUUAUUGCCAUGAUAGGAAUUAUGUUUGCGCAACAAUUCUGCGGCAUCAACAGUGUGAUGAUGUAUUCCGUUUCCCUUCUUCGCGGAGUCAUUCCUAUGUCCUCGUCUCUUCUCACCAUCAUGAUCUCUGCCGUCAACUUGAUAGCCACCGUUGCUUGUUCCCCUCUAGCAGAUAAAAUAGGUCGAAAAACCUGUCUACUUCUGUCCAUCGCUGGAAUGGGCAGCUCUAGUCUAGUACUAGCCAUCUCUCUUCGUAUGGAAGUCAAAGUCCUUUCCGCGAUAUCAGUCCUCUCCUUCGUCGGUUUCUUCGCUACCGGACUUGGACCCGUUCCUUUCCUGAUUGCAUCCGAGCUCGUCGGGACGGAAGCUGUAGGUGCGACGCAAAGCUGGGCAUUAGCUGCGAACUACAUCUUUACGUUCCUCAUUGCUCAAUUCUUCCCAAUUUUGAAUACCAUCUUGAAUGAGAAGUUGGGUGGGAAAGGCUGGGCAUAUUUUGGCUUUACAAUAUUUGCGGCAAUAAGUUUUGCGUUUGUUGGCGCUUAUGUGCCUGAAACGAAGGGGAAGAAAGAUGCCGAUGAGGUUUGGGGUAGGACUAGGAGGGUAGAUUGA